AUGUCCUUUUUAUUUUUUGUAGAGUUACACAGCCCCCAGCGACAUUGUUAUACCCCGCCGCCAGCCCCGAUGCACGGACAGCCGCCUCCGCCGACAGCAGCGGGAGUGGGGCCGCCCCCACAGCAGCCACCUCCUCUGCCCGCCGUUCCCACUGGGCCGGCGGGUCGAUUGCUAGGCUGGAACCAUAGUGCUGCUGCAGCGGCUGCAGCUGCGGCGGCAGCAGCGGCGGCCAACUCCUCGAAUCACUCCUCGGGCGGAGAACAAAGUGCUCUGACUAGGGUCAAGGGCCAGAAUCUGGGUCUUAUCUGCGUUGUUUGCGGCGAUACUAGUUCUGGGAAGCACUAUGGCAUCCUAGCGUGCAACGGCUGCUCAGGAUUCUUCAAACGCAGUGUGCGAAGGAAACUGAUCUAUCGCUGCCAGGCGGGAACUGGACGCUGCAUUGUGGACAAGGCUCACAGGAAUCAAUGCCAGGCCUGCAGGCUCAAGAAGUGCCUUCAAAUGGGAAUGAACAAGGAUGCGGUGCAAAAUGAGCGACAGCCCCGCAACACGGCCACUAUACGGCCGGAGACGCUGCGGGAGAUGGAGCACGGGCGGGCAUUGCGCGAGGCCGCUGUGGCCGUCGGAGUUUUUGGACCACCCGUGCUACUGUCGCCACCCUGCUACGGAUCCGGACUCCUGCCCCCGCCAUCUCUGGGCAGUUUGCCGACGGGACGGCUGCUGCACCACAACCACCUCACCUCCUCGAUGCAGUUGGCGGCGAAUCACAUGGGAGCCGGCAGUUUUCCCAUGUUCACCGCCGGCGGCGGAGGCGGCGGGGUGCACCACUCGCCUAAGGAAAAGCCCUACGGCCUGGAAUUGGGUAGCAGUGGCAACAUUUCCCACUCGACAAACUCCAGCAGCAAUCACUCCAUCGAUCCCAGUUCUCCGGCGCCGGAGGCCGGCAACGAGAAGAACAAUGCCGGCGGAAGUGUCUCCUCCAUUAGCUCCUCCAGUCCCACAAUGGAAAACGACAAUGAUGACGACUCCAUAGACGUCACUAAUGACGAGGAGCCGCACACGGUCAGCAGGUCCGACUCCAGUUUCAUCAUGCCCCAGUUUAUGUCUCCAAAUCUGUACACCCACCAACAUGAGACGGUCUAUGAGACGAGUGCCAGGCUGCUCUUCAUGGCCGUGAAGUGGGCCAAAAACCUGCCCAGCUUCGCCCGUCUAUCCUUUCGUGAUCAGGUGAUCUUGCUGGAGGAGUCGUGGUCGGAACUGUUCCUGCUCAAUGCCAUACAGUGGUGCAUUCCCCUGGAUCCCACAGGCUGUGCCCUUUUUUCGGUGGCGGAGCACUGUAAUAAUCUGGAGAACAACGCCAAUGGCGACACUUGCAUAACCAAGGAAGAGCUGGCAGCGGAUGUUCGGUCCCUGCACGAGAUUUUCUGUAAAUAUAAAGCAGUCCUGGUCGAUCCGGCAGAAUUCGCCUGUCUCAAGGCCAUAGUCCUCUUCAGGCCGGAGACCCGUGGGCUAAAGGACCCUGCCCAGAUUGAGAAUCUUCAGGAUCAGGCUCAUGUCAUGUUGUCGCAGCACACAAAGACUCAAUUUACGGCCCAGAUAGCCAGGUUCGGAAGACUCCUGCUCAUGCUGCCACUGCUCCGGAUGAUCAGUUCCCACAAGAUCGAGGCCAUUUACUUCCAGCGCACCAUUGGCAAUACGCCCAUGGAGAAGGUGCUCUGUGACAUGUAUAAGAACUAGUUAACUUGUGCUUUAAGUUAUUCAAAUAUUAAAUAAAUAUGUUUUUGUGUCUUGAAUGUUAAUGACAAGAGGAGAGAUUGUUUAUUAGAUAUUUUGUU